AUGGAUGCUGCCGAUAACCUGAAAAGGCGCACCACGUCGAGACAUAGGCCCGAUAACGUUUGGGGUCUGUGCAAGACGAAAUCUGUUGCCCAAUAUCGCUCCGAACUCGCAAGGCGGCAUGACAGCCAUGAAUUGCGGCACAGCCCGUUCAAGAACUCGGAUCUUACGUAUCCCUUUCUUAUCGUCGAAUCAAAGCGGGAGGGUGAAGGUCCGGGGUUCGAAUAUGCGGAAGCCCAAUCUGCGUUUCCUAUUCGGAUUUGUUUGAGGCUCCAGGAACAACUGAAGCAAGUGAGUGGACAACAUCUUGUUCCUCUGGUGUGGUUCCUCGCCUAUCAAGGAGAUGAAUGGCGCACCGUAGCAUGCGUUGUGUACGAAGGCAAAUACGGGGCACUACAGCUGUUGCUCAUCAUUGACUACAUUACAGAGUGGGCACGGGAAACGUAUCGCUUCGACAUUCUUUGCUGCCUCGCUGGGGGGAAAGAUCGUGUACUGGGACCCGACAACAUGUCAGACACCUAUGCCAGCCGGAUCUCCACCCAAUCCGUGCUAGACAGCAGUCCGCUUGUUGAGCGCAAGGGGCUGGCUGUGGCAAGCAGAGCUCAGUCCCACGACGUCCUCGGACGAGGUUCAUGA